GCCACCGUCAGCACCGGCUCCGUCGUCGGCACCAGUGGCGAAACGCCCUCCAAAGCCGACACCGUCUGCGGCCCCUACCUCUUCUGCCACUGAGUCUGAGUGGCAGGUGGUGGGGGAAAAGAAAAAGAGGCGGAGGGCGGCCAAAGCGGCCAAAAAGAAGGCCCAGAAACAGCGGCGCAGGGAGCGAGCCGCCGCGGCGAAACUCCGCGCCCCCAAAACCGCGGCUGUAGUAGUCACACUACAGCCGGACGCGGUCAAAAGGGGCGUGUCGUACCGCGACGUGCUCGCCCAAGCAAAGGAGGCGGUGAACCUGCAGGAGCUGGGUAUCGCCUCCGGCCUCCGGCUCAGGGUGACCGCAACGGGCGCCCGUAUGCUGGAGGUCCCAGGAGCGGCCAGUGGGCCCGCCGCAGACGCUCUAGCCGAGAGGCUUAGGGCGUCCAUAAGUGCGGACGAUGCCCGAGUCUCCAGGCCCCACAAGUGUGCGGAUCUGCGCAUCAUGGGCCUGGACGACUCAGUUACUGCGGAGGAGGUGGUGGCCGCCGUCGCUAGGACGGGUGGGUGCUCUGCCGACGAAGUGAAGGCGGGCACCAUACGUCCCGACUUCAGGGGCACGUGCACCAUCACGGUGAGCUGCCCCGUGACGGCGGCCAAGCGCAUCGUAGACGGCCGAAGAUUGCUGGUUGGCUGGGUGUCGGCGCAGGUCAAGCUGCUUGACCCCCGACCGCUGAGGUGCUUCCGAUGCCACGUCGGGCAUCAUGUGGGUGUUCGUUGCACCUCGGAGGUCGACCGCAGCGCCCUCUGCUUCCGCUGCGGUCAGCCCGGACACAAGGCCGUGGCUUGUAGCGCCGCGCCGCACUGCACUGCGUGCGCGGCGGCUGGCAAGCCGGCCGAACACCGGGCGGGGAGCAAGUCCUGUGCCCCACCCGCCAAGACCAAGAGUAAGGGCAAGGGCCGGCCGUCCGUCGCCGCCACCACCACCACCUCCGCAGUGGCCACAACCGCAGCUCCUGCGGCCGCCGCCGCCCCCAACGCUGCCGCCGCUGUCAACGCCGUCGCCACUGCUGCUGUCGCGGCGCCCGUGUCUGCGUCUCAAGAGGAGGAAGACGUGAUGGAGUGCUAAUCUGGCUCCAUUGCGCUUCCUCCAGGCGAACAUCAACCACUGCGCCCGUGCCCAGGAUCUGCUGCUCCAAAGCAUGGCGCAGUGGUCGAUCAACAUCGCCGUGGUCGCUGAGCCGUACUUUGUCCUUCCCAGGGAUGACUGGGUUAAGGACCUUAGCGGCUCAGUGACCAUCAUAUCGUCGGCCGCCGCUGGUACUCCUUCCCUCGAAGGGGUGAAGAGUGGAAGGGGUUGCGUCGCAGCACGGUUCGGGGAGAUAGUCGUCGUGGGGGUGUACUUCUCCCCGAGCCGAACUCUCGCCGAGUUCCACAACUCCCUCCUGGAGUUGUCCGUCGUCGUCGGAAGUUAUUC